GUGACCGACGCGCCUAGCUGCAUGGGAGCGUAGAUCAAAACAGCUCCAAACGCGUCUCCCAAAUUUCCAAAUCAGCAAACGCAUUCCAUUGACAUCAGGAUCAUUGAUCGCGAUCCAUCAUGUCGAAUAGAAAGCGCCCAAAUAGCUGGGUUGACCUCACCGGCGACGACGACGAGAAUCUCCCCCCACAGCGCAAGCAAGUACGCGUCUCAGGCGUGUCAGCUCAACCUCGAUCGAGCCAAUCUCUGAGUAGUAGCAACCUCUCCUCGCAACGCGACUCAUGGGUUGCCAGUACAGCUCCGGUUGGAGAAGAAGAUGAAAUUAUUGACUUGUCUCAAGAUCGUGAUGAGGGUUUCGGAUGGGAUUGUGUUGGCGUCAUUGAAGACAAGAUUGUAGGUGUCAGAUACUACAACGGAUUAGCCACUCCCGGAGAGCAAGUCAUGAUUAGAAGAGAGCCCGGAAAUCCAUAUGAUUCGAACGCUAUCCGCAUCAAUAAUGUACAGGAGGUUCAGAUUGGCCAUAUCCCGCGCGCUUUAGCCGCUAAGUUGGCCCCUUUAAUGGACUCAAGAGCUAUUGUACUUGAAGGCAUCCUGACUGGAGAGAAAGGAUCAUUCGAUUGCCCAAUUCGUCUACGGGUCUUUGGUCCUUCGGAACCAGUGGCUCGGGCUCAGCUCGAGGCCGAGAUGAAGGCAAAGCGCAUGCCGAUCAAGAAACAAGGUGUUGCAGCACCCAAGGUUCCCAAAGCUGCCGUUCCCCCUCCUCAGAGAAAGCAGAUGGGCUAUCAAAGCUCCUCUCAAGCAUCGAGCAGUCAACCAGAGCCUGUUCCAGAAGUGGACAUUUCACACUUCGUGGAGAACAGCGAACGGUUCCGACCACGAGAUGCCGAAAAGAUUGUUGAGGCUUGGGGACUUGGUGAAGAUGCGCUGUCUAAGAUGCCCAUGGCUGAUCAACCCGAGGGCCUGUCGUCAACUCUCCUACCUUAUCAACGUCAAGGCCUGGCCUGGAUGCUCGAGAAAGAGAAUCCUGUCCUCCCUGUUCCUGGAUCCAAAAACAUUGUUCAGCUAUGGAAGCGUUCAGAAACAGGCCAGAAUGUAUUUCAGAAUAUUGCUACCCAAUUCAAAACUGCUACUCCGCCAGUUUUGGCUAAAGGUGGUAUUCUUGCUGAUGAUAUGGGUCUCGGAAAGACUCUUCAAAUUAUCAGCGUCAUACUUGAGGGAGGUCCUGGUACAACGUUGAUCAUCGCUCCUGUAAGUGUGAUGUCCAACUGGGCUCAGCAGAUCGAGAGGCAUGUAAAGAAGGAUAGCCCAUUGAAAGUUAUGACCUACCAUGGUAGUAACCGCAAGAGAAUGACCUACAGAGACUUCGGCGAGUACAAUGUCGUUAUCACGAGUUAUGGUACGUUGAGUGCUGAAUGCUUCCCGCGAGGAAGCAAGACACCAGUAAAAACUCCAGACAAAGAUGGUCUCUUCUCCAUGAAAUGGGCUAGGGUCGUGCUUGACGAAGGUCAUGGCAUUCGUAAUCCUGCAACCAAAUCUGCUAUCGCAGCCGCGAAUCUUCUAGCAGUUUCUCGAUGGGUCCUCUCUGGAACACCUAUCGUCAACACCAUUAAGGAUUUGUAUUCGAUGCUCAAGUUUAUUGGCAUCACAGGCGGGCUGGAGCGUAUGGAGAUUUUCAACGCUGUGCUCACCCGUCCUCUGGCCCAUGGUACCCCACAUGCUGACCUCAUUCUUCAAUCCAUCAUGAGAACGAUGUGUCUUCGUAGAAAGAAGGACAUGAAGUUCGUCGAUCUGAAACUCCCAGAGCUUUCCGAAUAUGUUCACCGAAUCACUUUCCGCAAGGAUGAAAGAGAGAAGUACGAGGCUUUACAGGCUGAGGCAAAGGGAAUGGUCGAUAGAUUUCAGUCGGGUAAGGCUAAGAAGGGCGAGAAUAUGUAUCGUCAUGUUCUGGAAGUUCUUCUUCGGAUGCGUCAGGUUUGUUGCCAUUGGAAGCUCUGCGGUACUCGCGUCUCUGACCUUCUGGCCCUCCUCGAAAACGAUGAUGUUGUCGCCUUGACGAAGGAAAAUCGUGCCGCUUUGCAAGUUCUCUUGCAGCUUAGUAUCGACAGCCAAGAUGAGUGCGCAAUCUGUCUUGAGACUCUUCACAAUCCUGUCAUCACUGCUUGCAAGCACGUCUUCGGCCAGGAAUGCAUCGAGCGCACCAUCGACCUUCAACACAAGUGUCCAAUGUGUCGUGCCGAGCUCGCUGACAAGGAAUGUCUCGUGCAUCCUGCUGUUGAAGAGGAAAGCCAUGCAGACGAAGAGAUCGAUAUUGACACAAGGAGCAGCAAGACUGAAGCACUGAUGAGCAUCUUAACCGCUAGUCGUCGAGACCCGUUGUCCAAAGUGGUUAUCUUCUCUCAAUGGACCAGCUUCCUGAAUAUCAUUCAACACCAGCUUGAGGAAGCAGGCAUGAAAUUUGCUCGUAUUGAUGGCUCCAUGAAAGCUACAGUCCGAGACGCUGCAAUGACAGCCCUCGAGACCGAUCCAGAUACUCGGAUAUUGCUGGCUAGUUUGUCUGUUUGCAGCGUGGGUCUGAACCUUGUUGCGGCUGACACAGUCAUCCUUGCCGAUUCUUGGUGGGCACCAGCCAUUGAAGACCAGGCUGUCGAUCGUGUUCAUCGCCUUGGACAAACCCGACCUUGCACUGUAUGGCGUCUCAUCAUGGAAGAGAGUAUCGAGGAAAGAGUCCUUGAUAUCCAGGCUGAGAAGAGACUUUUGGUUGGCAAGGCUUUCCAGGAGAAGUCUAAGGGUGGAAAGGAGAAAGUCACGAGAAUGGGCGAUAUCUUGAAGCUAUUGGCUUGAGCUAUUCGAUUGAGGUUCAUGUUUCUUGCGCGGUCUGGGGAGUUCGUGCUGGCGUAAUUUCUAAAUGUGUUUAGGAUGGGGUUUAUAUUCGCCUAUUGUAGUGCUUCUUGUAUUGUUGGGUGGCACGUUUCACACAUUGUCAAGACUGUAAACCUAAAUAUCGGUAUCUAGAUGCACCAGCGCCUCGCGGGCGAAAGGUCUGUUUUUUGUAUUCAAU